AUGCGAGGGACAUUUGCUAUCGGGGAUGUGCGACACGUUGAGGCAUGCGAGGGACAUUUGCUAUCGGGGAUGUGCGACGCGUUACGGCGUGUAAAGGACAUUUGCUAUCGGGGAUGUGCGACACGUAGAGGCAUGCGAGGGACAUUUGCUAUCGGGGGUGUGCGACACGUUAAAGCGUGUAUAGGGCAUUUGCUAUCGGGGGUGUGCGACGCGUUACGGCGUGUAAAGGACGUUUGCUAUCAGGGAUGUGCGACACGUAGAGGCAUGCGAGGGACAUUUGCUAUCGGGGGUGUGCGACACGUAGAGGCAUGCGAGGGACAUUUGCUAUCGGGGGUGUGCGACACGUUUUGGUAUGUGACGGACGGUCAAGAAGUUGAAAAGAGUGUCUACUAUCAUACUCUACGCCUCUUCAUACCCAACUCCACACCAUACCCUACUCCUCCUCAUACUCAACUCCACACCAUACCCUACUCCUCCUCAUACCCAACUCCACAUCAUACCCUACUCCUCCUCAUACCCAACUCCACAUUACAACCUACUCCUCCUCAUACCCAACUCCACAUCAUACCCUACUCCUCCUCAUACCCAACUCCACAUUACAACCUACUCCUCCUCAUACCCAACUCCAUAUCAUACCCUACUCCUCCUUAUCCCAAACUCCACAUCACAACCUACUCCUCCUCAAACCCAACUCUACGUCAUACCCAACUCCACGUCAUACCCUACUCCUCCUCAUACCCAACUCCAAGUCAUACUAAACUCCACCUCAUACCAAACUCCACAUCAUACACUUCGCCUCCUCAUACCCAACUCCACAUCACAACCUACUCCUCCUCAUAUCCAACUCCUCCUCAUACCCAACUUCACAUCAUACACUACUUACAACAUACUCAACUCCACAGCAUACCCUGUUCUUCCUCAUAUCAAACUCCACAUCAUACCCUACUCCACCUGAUACCCAACUCCACAUCAUUCCCUACUCCAUCUGAUACCCAUCUCCACAUCAUUCCCUACUCCACAUCAUACACUACUUACCAAAUACUCACCUCCACAUCACACUCUACUCCACCUGAUGUCCAACUCCACGUCAUACCCAACUCCACAUCAUACCCAACUCCUCCUCAUACCCAACUCCACAUCAUACCCUACUCCACCUCAUACCCAACUCCACAUCAUACCCAGCUCCACAUGAAGCCCUACUCCUCCUCCUCAUACCCAACCCCACGUCAUGCCCUACUCCUCCUUAUACUCAACUCCACACCAUACCCAAUUCCACCUCAUACCCAACUCUACAUCAUACCCAACUCCACAUCACACCCUACUCCUCCUCAUACCCAACUCCACAGCAAACCCUACUCCUCCUCAUACCCAACUCCACAUCAUACACUACUUACCACAUACUCAACUCCACAUCACACUCUACUCCACGUCAUACCAAACUCCACAUCAACCCUACUCCUCGUCAUACCCAACUCCACAUCAUACACUACUUACCACAUACUCAACUCCACAUCACACUCUACUCCACCUCAUACCCAACUCCACAUCAUACCCUACUCCUCCUCAUACCCAACUCCACAUCAGACCCAGCUCCACAUGAAGCCAUACUCCUCCUCAUACCCAACCCCACUUCAUACCCUACUCCUCCUCAUACCCAACCCCACUUCAUACCCUACUCCUCCUCAUACCCUACUUCACAUCAUACCCAACUCCACAUCAUACCCUACUCCACGUUAUGCCCAGCUCCACAUCAAACUCUACUCCAUCUUAUACCCAACCCCACAUCAUAACCAACUCUUCCUCAUAUCCAACUCCACAUCAUACCCUACUCCUCCUUAUACCCGACUCCACAUCAUACCCUGCUGCACGUCAUAUCCAACUCCACAGAAAACCCUACUCCUCCUCAUACCCAACUCCACAUCAUACACUACUUACCACAUACUCAACUCCGCAUCACACUCUACUCCACCUCAUACCCAACCCCACAUCAUACCCUACUCCUCCUCAUACCCAAAUCCACAUCAUAUCCUACUCCACCUUAUACCCAACUCCACAUCACAUAUCACUACUUACCACUUACUCAACUCCACAUCACACUCUACUCCACCUCAUACCCAACCCCACAUCAUAUCCUACUCCACCUUAUACCCAACUCCACAUCAAACCCUACUCCUCCUCAUACCCAACUCCACAUCAUACACUACUUACCACUUACUCAACUCCACAUCACACUCUACUCCACCUCAUACCCAACUCCACAUCAUGCCCAACUCCUACUCAUACCCAACUCCACGUCAUACCCGACUCCUCCUUAUACCCAACUCCACAUCAAACCCUACUCCUCGUCAUACCCAACUCCACAUCAUACACUACUUACCACUUACUCAACUCCACAUCACACUCUACUCCACCUCAUACCCAACCCCACAUCAUAUCCUACUCCACCUAAUACCCAACUCCACAUCAUACACUACUUACCACUUACUCAACUCCACAUCACACUCUACUCCACCUCAUACCCAACUCCACAUCAUGCCCAACUCCUACUCAUACCCAACUCCACACCCAGCUCCACAUGAAGCCAUACUCCUCCUCAUACCCAACCCCACUUCAUACCCUACUCCUCCUCAUACCCAACUUCACAUCAUACCCAACUCCACAUCAUACACUACUCCACGUCAUGCCCAGCUCCACAUCAAACCCUACUCCAUCUUAUACCCAACUCCACAUCAUAACCAACUCUUCCUCAUAUCCAACUCCACAUCACACCCUACUCCUCCUUAUACCCAACUCCACAUCAUACCCUACUCCUCCUUAUACCCAACUCCACAUCAUACCCUACUCCUCCUUAUACCCGACUCCACAUCAUUCCCUACUGCACGUCAUACCAAACUCCACAGCAAACCCUACUCCUUCUCAUACCCAACUCCACAUCCUACACUACUUACCACAUACUCAACUCCACAUCACACUCUACUCCACCUCAUACCCAACUCCACAUCACACCCUACUCCACCUCAUACCCAACUCCACAUCAUACACUACUCCUCCUCAUACCCAACUCCACGUCAUACCCAACCCCACAUCAUACCCUACUCCACGUCAUACCCAACUCCACGUCAUACCCAACUCCACAUCAUACCCAACUCCUCCUCAUACCCAACUCAACGUCAUACCUAG